AUGCCUUCGUUGUUACCAUCCUCCUCCUCCUCCUCUUCGUCGCAUGAGGACCUAUAUAGUGGCAUCAACGCUGCAAAACUAGAAUCAGCCAACCGCUAUAUUCGUUGGAAUCUUUUGUUUCUCUUAACGAUCUUCAUCUUUCUUCUUUUCCCAUUAUGGAUGCCUUUUGUCCCCUACGUCAACCAAGUAACAAACCUCAUCGUCAUAAUCAUAAUCGGCUUUUUCCAAGUCAUCUGGCUGAUAGCCACUAUUUGCGCCAUUCGAAGAACACUAGCCAUCAACAACCGAAACAAGCUCAAGAACAAAAAAGCUCAAGAUGCCGAAUCAGCUGAUGCCACGGCCAAAAAUACCUCAGCAGUUCGUCAUAUAGUCGCCAUGACAUUGUACAAGGAGCCCAUGAGCGUACUUCAAACUACUUUGGACUCUCUUGUGCUGCAAAAAGAUGCCAAAUCCCAGCUAUCCGUCAUUAUUGGCAUGGAAUGUCGCACACCUGAUAAGGAAGCUAAAUACAAUGAAAUAUACGCAAAGUACAAGUGUAAAUUCCUCCGUCUCAUCGUCACCUUCCACCCCUCGGGCAUUCCCGGCGAGAUUAGCGGCAAGUGCUCCAACAUGAACUACGCCUGUCGCCAAGGUCUGCAUGUCCUCCGUCAUGAUGCCGAAUAUAACUAUGAGAAAUACGAACACAUUUUUACCAACUGCGACUGCGACUCCGUUUUCGACCCCGAAUACAUGCUGGAGUUGGAAACCCAGUACUGCAAGCUGGAUCUCGCCGACCGCCACUCCUCCAUUUGGCAAUCCAUCAUCAUCUACAAGCGCGACUCCAUGCCUUUUUUUGUCGACAUCACCGGUGUUCUGCGUACCUUCUUCUUCAUGGGUGUUUUGAUUCCAUGGAACAUCAAUCCCAUGUCUCAUUACUCUCUCAGCGUCAAGUUAUUAGAGGAGGGUGCCUUUACCCACCCAUCUUAUCAGAUGGAAGACAUCAUUGCCUUGAUCCGUUACACCAUCAUGACACAACGAGAAAUUCGCAUCCUGCCAUUGAACCUCAUUUCAAUCAACGGUCCGACUUCUGGCGCCAACUACGGUGAUGAAAUUCGCGAAUGGGCCCUUCAAAUUCGCCGAUGGACUAUUGGCGCUGGUGAAGUCUUCCACUACUUCAUUGUCAAGACGUACCGAAUUCCUGGGAUCUAUUUAUUUAUCAGCUGGGCUACUCGCUUCUUCAUCUACUAUGGUCUUAUUCUCUGCGCCAGUGCCAUUUUCUCUGUGGCUUCCCCUAUCAUUAUUCAGCUCGUCAAUACAGUUGCUGUCCAACAUGAUCGACUGGUCGUCAGCGACUCUCUUUUUUCGAAAGUCUGCUUGACCCUCUUAGGAACACAAUACAUAUUUCUAUUAAUUGCCACUGUCCUCGUUCGUUGGAACCUACCUGUGCCCGACGAUAGUGACAAUCACUACAACAAGGGUGUUCGGGGGAUAACAAGGGGCUUCUUGGUAGAGCUCUAUUCAUUCUUCGAAUUGGCCUUUAGAGGGAAGGAUGUUUGCAAGCACAAUGCUGCUAGUAAGAACAAUCUGGUCAUCAUAAAAAGCGGCAGAGAUUGUUGA